AUGACCUCUGACAUUAGUAGACAACAACCCAAGUGGCAAGUACCUACUUCUACUGUCCGACCUGUUUUGAAGUUACAAAACUCUUUGACAAAAACGAAGACUGAAUUCAUCCCAAAGCGUGGUCGACAAGUAACUUGGUAUAACUGUGGUCCUACAGUUUAUGAUGCUUCUCAUAUGGGUCAUGCUCGUACUUACCUUACCAUGGAUAUCAUUCGUCGUGUACUCGAAGAUUAUUUCAAAUAUGAUGUUUUAUUUGUACAGAAUGUGACCGAUAUUGACGAUAAGAUUAUUCUUCGUGCUCGUCAACAAUAUCUCUUCAACAACCUCAAGGAAAAAACACAAUCAUUAGAUGUCGACUUGAUCACCACUGUAGAAGAAGCUUGGAUCGAAUACAUGACGUCAAAACUGAACAAAAUUCCUGGUGCAGUGGAAUCAGCUUCAAAGGAUUGGAAUUCUUAUCAAACUAAUUUGACCCCUGAAGAACUUUCGAAGGCUGUAUUACUUGAUGAAAAGUUCAAAAUGUAUUUGGCUGCGUUACAAACUUCUCGAUCUGCCAUUGAAAACGCAAAGAAAUCAUUAGCUGAAAAUGACACUUCCAAAGCUACUGCUGAUGCUCUAUUAGAUGCUUCUCAAGAUAUUCUCUCAGUCUCAUUGGAUAAGAAGCACGGUGCUGAAGUCAAUGAUCCCAAAAUUUUCCGUGAUUUGCCUGCCUAUUGGGAAGAUGCCUAUUUCCAAGAUAUGGAAGCAUUGAAGGUUCGAAAACCUGAUAUUCAAACACGAGUCAGCGAAUAUGUACCUGAAAUUAUCGAGUAUGUACAAAAAAUCAUUGAUAAUGGAUAUGCCUAUGAGGCUCAAGGAUCUGUAUACUUUGAUACCAACAAAUAUGAUGGUCACGAUGGUCAUCAUUAUGCCAAGUUGGAACCAUGGUCUAAAGGAAACACUGCUUUGAUUGAAGAUGGUGAAGGUUCAUUGGGUUCUAAAUUGACAGGUCAAAAAAGCAAAAAUGAUUUCGCUCUAUGGAAAGCUUCCAAGCCUGGUGAACCUACCUGGAAUUCGCCUUGGGGUGCUGGUCGUCCUGGAUGGCAUAUUGAAUGUUCCGUGAUGGCAAGUGCAAUUUUGGGGGAUAGCAUGGAUAUUCAUUCAGGAGGUAUUGAUUUGGCCUUCCCACAUCACGAUAAUGAAUUGGCUCAAGCUGAAGGUUAUUAUAACUGUCAUCAAUGGGUCAAUUACUUUUUACAUGCCGGUCAUCUUCAUGUAGAAGGACAAAAGAUGAGCAAAAGUUUGAAGAAUUUUAUCAGCAUUCAGGAAGCCCUCAAGUUAUAUACUCCUCGUCAGAUUCGACUCUUCUUCCUCCAAUUCCAAUGGGAUGCCAAGAUGGAUUUCAAGCAAUCAAGUAUGUUGGAAGUUAUUCAAGGUGAAACUACUCUGAAGAACUUCUUUGACAACGUGAAGGGUAUUUUGCAUAAGAUUCGUAGUGAUGGAAGCCGUGGAGCUACAGAAUUACCUGAUGGUGGAUUGACUCAUCGAUUUGGCCCAGCCGAAGCUCAAUUGUUAUCACUUUUACAAUCCAAACAAGAUGCUGUGCAUGUUGCUCUUUGUGACUCUAUCAACACACCUGCUGCUAUGGAUGAAAUCAUGAACAUGGUCUCUCAUGCUAAUAAAUAUAUUGCCAAUGGAUCCAAAUUGGUUAAUCCUCAUCUGUUAAACAAGAUUGCUACAUGGGUCACUUCCAUGAUGAAGAUCUUUGGUGUUGCUGAUAGCGGUGUCGAGCUUGGUUUUGGAACAUCAUCCGAUCAAGUUGAAACUUUGAUGCCUUAUUUGCAUACUUUGUCUGGUUUCCGAGAUCAAGUUCGUCGUAUGGCCCGUGACAACGUCCCUCACAAACAAUUCCUAGAAGCAUGCGAUAGUCUACGUGAUACACAAAUGGUAGAUUUGGGUGUUUCACUUGACGACCAAGAAGGUAAUCCCUAA